CCUUUUUCUCUCGUGGCAGGGUGAUGCGUCAGUUGCUGAAAUGUGGGGACAUUUCCGGAUGCCUUUGCAACACGGAGAAGUUGUCUUAAGAGAGGCUGGACCCCAUUCUGAGCACCAGGCCAGGAAAGCAAAGGCCUGAGGGCAGCCCCGCUGUGGGAGACGUCUGCUGGUCCUCUCCCUGUCUCCUGGCAGCGCUCACAGCCUCCUGGUUGGCACCUGACCAUGUCCCUGGCUGAGGCCAUCAGCCUCUGGAAUGAAGGGGUGCUAGCAGCUGACAAGAAGGACUGGAAGGGAGCCCUAGACGCCUUCACCGCAGUCCAGGACCCUCACUCCAGGAUUUGCUUCAACAUGGGCUGCAUACACACAAUCCUGGAAAACAUGCUGGAGGCAGAGAAGGCCUUCACUAAAAGCAUUAAUCGAGACAAGCACUUGGCGGUGGCCUACUUCCAACGAGGGAUGCUCUACUACCAAAUAGAGAAAUACGAUUCAGCUAUUAAAGACCUUAAAGAGGCCUUGACUCAGCUUCGAGGGAACCAGCUGAUAGACUACAAGAUCCUAGGGCUACAGUUCAAGCUGUUUGCUUGUGAGGUGUUAUAUAAUAUUGCUUUCAUGUAUGCCAAGAAGAAGGAAUGGAAAAAAGCUGAGGAACAUUUAGCAUUGGCUACGAACAUGAAGUCUGAGCCCAGACAUUCCAAAAUUGACAGAGCCAUGGAAUGUGUUUGGAAACAGAAGCUGUAUGAGCCAGUGGUGAUCCCUGUGGGCAGGUUGUUUCGGCCAAAUGAGAGGCAAGUGGCUCAACUGGCCAAGAAGGAUUACCUAGGCAAGGCGACGGUCGUGGCAUCUGUGGUGGAUCAAGACAGUUUCUCGGGGUUUGCCCCUCUGCAGCCACAGGCAGCUGAGCCUCCACCCAGACCCAAAACCCCAGAGAUCUUCAGGGCUCUGGAAGGGGAAGCUCACCGUGUGCUGUUUGGGUUUGUGCCUAAGACACCAGAGGAGCUCCAGGUCAUGCCCGGGAACAUCGUCUUUGUCUUGAAGAAGGGCAAUGAUAACUGGGCUACGGUCAUGUUCAACGGGCAGAAGGGGCUUGUUCCCUGCAACUACCUUGAACCAGUUGAGCUAUUGAUCCAUCCUCAGCAGCAGUCCGAGGAGGAAACCUCCCCAGAGUCUGAUAUUCCAGCUCUUCCCAGUUCUGAUGCUCCUGGAAGACCCCAGUUGACACCAGGUUAUUCCCUUUGCUUCCUCUCCCCUCAGGAAGUCAAGUUCAGUGUUCCCAUGCCCUACACACUCAAGGUGCACUAUAAGUACACGGUGGUCAUGGCGACUCAGCCUGGGCUCCCCUACAGCCAGGUCCGGGACAUGGUGGCUAAGAAACUGGACCUCCUGCCAGAACACACUAAGCUGAGCUAUCGGCCUCGGGACAGCAAUGAGCUGGCGCCCCUCUCAGAAGAUAACAUGAAGGCUGCCUGGGGCCAAGUGAAAAACUACUGCCUGACCCUGUGGUGUGAGAACACAGUGGGUGACCAAGGCUUCCCAGAUGAACCCAAGGAAAGUGAAAAAUCUGAUGCUAAUAACCAGAUAAAAGAACCUCAGAUUAAGGAAGGGAGCCAAGUGGUAGCACUCUUCAGUUAUGAGGCUACCCAACCAGAAGACCUGGAGUUUCUGGAAGGGGACAUAAUCCUGGUUUUAUCAAUGGUGAAUGAAGAGUGGCUGGAAGGGGAGUGCAAAGGGAAGGCUGGUAUUUUCCCCAAAGCUUUUGUUGGAGAACAUGCAACUACAGACUUGGAAAGCACUCCUAGAGGAGUCUAGGAUGUUUCACAACCUACAAGCUGAAGAAAAGGGAGUACUAUCAUUUGCAAGGUUUAGCAUGCCUCUGCAGUACACUGUACCAAGAAGUUACUGUUUGGAAGUGCUAUCUAAUCUACUUUUCCCUGUUAAUAUUUAAUCUAAUAAACAACCAUGUGAGAAUUUAGGAUGAUGAUUACCCUGGGGGUGGGGUGGGGUGAGGGAAGUGGUUGGAAUUGUCUGGAAGGGCAUGAGGGGGGCUUCUAGGGUGCUGAUAAUCUGUUUCUGGCUGAGAGCUGGCUACCCAGAUGUGUGCACUUUGUGAAAAUUCACUGAGUUGUUCACUUAUUAUUGAUGUACUUCUCUGUAUGUGUGAUACCUCAAUAAAAAACUU